UAGCUCUUCUUAUUCACAUGCACAUCCGUAGCUCGUUAUCACAACCGAAGUGGCACGCAGUUCUUCGAGCCUCCUCCCAUUUCCCAUCAACAUCUCCUCUUCCAGUCCCAUGACUUUUCUUCUUCUCCUACUCUAUCAUCAAUCACUAGCUUAACAUCAACUUAAUUCCUCAAGAUCUUUACCUCUCACUGGUAUACACAGCCCUUUCUUCUUUGUUCUUUGUGUAAUGACAACUCCUUCAGUGCAGUUUUGCAUGGACUCCUCUGAUUGGCUAAAGAGCAUUGUCGUUGGCCAUGAAAACAGCUCCGGAUCACUGGAGCACCCCCUGACUUUCGGCGAGCUGAUCUCAUGCACGACGCCGGUGGCGGCGGCAGCAAUCGCUGAGAGAAGGUUGCGGCCACAGCAGCAGCAGCAGGAGCAGGCGCUAAAGUGCCCGCGGUGCAACUCAACGCACACCAAAUUCUGCUACUACAACAACUACAGUCUCUCACAGCCACGGUACUUCUGCAAGACCUGCCGCCGCUACUGGACGAAGGGUGGCUCGCUUCGAAACGUCCCCGUCGGUGGCAGAUGCCGGAAGAACAAGCGUUCUGCCUCCAGCGACGCCAAGAAGGGAGCGACCUUGCUGGCCCCACAUCAGCUGCCGCCGGCAUUGUCCUUGGGAGAAGUGCAGUUACAAUUGCCACAGUAUCCAACGAACGACGACAACUUAAACUUCAUGGAUCCUGACAAGUACCAUUUCGACGGGCUUAAUCUCAUGGAGGCAAGCAAGCACGGACUUGGAGGAGACGUGAACGCGCUUGGGCUUUGCAUGGACGGAGCAUUAAUGGCUGAAGCUUGCCACGGGCUAAAGUUGCCAUUGGAAGAUGGGUGCAGGGGUCAUGAGGUGAAGACUGGCGACAGUUCUUGGCAUAAUGUUCUUCCCGUAGAGUGGCAGGAGCCGAUUGGAUUCUCUGAUGGCCUGCCAUUAUCGUCUUCACGAUCAUGGUCUAGAAUAUGAAAUGAUAUUAGUCUUUAUUUACGUCACUGGUAAAUUAUUAGGAGUAUGGUUAAUUCCAUAGUGCAAAAUGUGCCCCUUUUUGUUUUGAAUUCACUUGUUUUAUUAUGUGCCAGUAAAGUUUUCCCAAUGGAAUGGUCAAAAUGCUUUUUAACA